CCGUGAAGUAAGGUGCCCGUGCCGUCGUCACAAGUAGUGUUUGACUCUGGUCACCGCCCCCUUUUAUGUGAACGCGCAGUAACUCUGACUGGGUUGACACAGGUUCGACUAAUCAACCUCAUAAUCAGCGUCGUAGCACCGAUUGACCACAAACUAGACAACCAGGUUUUGUCAACUCCGGUUACCCGAUGGUAAACUGGAUUACUUCUGGGGAGGUUGAACUCGGUUCGUAGUAUAGGUCACUGCACAUGAAAUGCUGACAACACAUCCCGAUUGGUCACCAUCUCUCUUCUUUAGCUUCAACAGUGACGUAACAACCAAUCAGAAUCCGCUUUUUUGUUUUUCCGGUGCGUCGUAAACUUUUCACAGCGCCACUCGGAGGGGAUGGGUCGUCACUGAUUUUAAAACUAACAAAAACGCCGCAUUGUUCGACGUACGUAUAAAACUAUAAUAAUUUCAGAAACAUAAAACUAAUCCACUAUAUUGCUUACAAAUACUGACUUGAACGUUUCCCUACCACAUCCCCAAUGGCACGCUAAGAUUCGCUCUAAUUUCCUCUAAUGUGAAUAUAGAUGCCUGUUUUUCACAGGUAAUUUGUGACAGUGUACGCGUACGACAGUUCUUAAUUUUAUUUAUUCUUUUAAUUCUUAUUUUGUACUACUUAACUCCGUACAAAUUAAUCGCCACUAGCGGAACCAUAGAGAUCACAUGUAUAUGAGAACUAGAUGUAAAAAAGAGCUCUGAUUCAAUCGAGACUUCCGUUAUUUUUUGUCGGCCAUUUUGUGUCAGUGCUUUUAGCUAAAUAUAACAAGAAGCAUGCAUUUUGCAAUAGUUAUUAAUUGCCUAAAUCCCCCAAUUUUCAAACAAUUUUUAAGAGGCUCAUUUUUUAAAUCAACCUCAGAGAUGCACCAAUGCUCUAAAACCGGGGUCCACAAUUCGCGGACCUCGGUCCACGACCGGACCACGGCACACCUCUCUGCGGACCCAGAGCAAAUGGCACGUUUAAAAAAAAAGCUUUUUUUAACCUAUAAAUUAUUUGUAUGAUUAGCCGAUCUAUCGCUGUGCUACUAUUCUGUCGGUAAAUUCUGUUUCAUUUUUAGUCAAAUAUCUUCCAUGUUCCCUUCUGUUGUCAUCUCUAUGACAACAAUGUGCUGAUUGGCUGAGAGAGCAUGCAUGGAUGCGCUGAUUGGCUGAGAGAGACUGCAUGCUAGCUACAGUGGACGGACUGCAGCAGGGUGAAACACGAGUUGCACCCGCUACUUUGCAAUCUCAGUAGAAGACCGCAUUUUACAAAACGGCAUGAUCAAACUUGACCAAGAAAAGAAAAGUGAACAACGAAAAUCGCCGUUUCAAUGAGGAAUAGACUGACAGAUAUGCGUCCAUUUUACCAACUGCAAGUACCAAACCUAUGUGCUUAAUAUGCUUCAAGACAGUUGCUUUGAUAAAAAAUGAAAAUGGGAUACGCUAUUAUGUUAAAGAACGCGGUUCUUUUGAAGAUAAGUUUCCUCCUAAAUCAGAAUUGAGAAGGCAAGAAAUUAACAGGUUGAAGCAGUCAUAUCAAGAGUCAGUCAAGGUUAUUGUUAAAUCUAUGACACAACAACAAAUUGCAACGGCGCGCUCACUCAGAGUGUCGUGAGUGUUGGCCAAACAUAAGAAGCCAUUCUCUGAUGGAGAAAUAAUAAAAGAGUGUAUGACUGAAGUGAUGGCAGCAAUUCUCGAAGGAAAAGAAAAGGAGGAAAUGACAACAAAAAUCAAAUCUUCCUCUCAGGUUCAUCAACUACAAGACGCACUGAAGUACUGGCUGAUGAUGUGGCGCUGUUGAAGACACUGUUUGGCUGUAGCUGCAUUUCGCACCGGUGCGCUACGCGAGGAAGCAGAAAACAGAAAGUACAAACUCGACUUCUCUUCCUUGGAUAAUACAACAGUACACGAUUUUUCACCGAAGGGCAGGUCCUUGUUCACCAAAAAAUGUCUCGCAGAUAUGAUUCCCGGACAACCAUCUUUUCUCCUGAAGGCCGCUUGUAUCAAGUGGAAUACGCCAUGGAAGCUAUCGGCCACGCUGGAACGUGUCUCGGGAUUCUGGCAAACGAUGGAGUGCUGUUAGCAGCAGAGAGACGCAACAUUCACAAAUUGUUGGACGAGGUCUUUUUCUCCGAGAAGAUCUACAAGCUCAAUGAAGAUAUGGCGUGCAGUGUCGCAGGGAUCACAUCAGAUGCUAAUGUACUGACGAAUGAACUGCGCCUCAUAGCACAAAGAUAUUUAUUGCAGUACCAGGAGCCAAUCCCUUGCGAACAGUUGGUGACAGCACUGUGUGACAUCAAACAGGCCUACACUCAGUUUGGAGGCAAAAGGCCGUUCGGCGUAUCUCUGUUGUACAUGGGCUGGGACAAACACUACGGCUUUCAAUUGUACCAAAGUGACCCAAGUGGCAACUACGGUGGCUGGAAGGCGACGUGCAUCGGCAACAACAGCGCCGCUGCAGUUUCCAUGUUGAAGCAGGACUACAAAGAGGGAGAGAUGAGCCUCUCCUCUGCUUUGGCUCUGGCUGUCAAAGUUCUCAACAAAACUAUGGAUGUCAGCAAGCUUUCCGCAGAGAAAGUUGAGAUUGCUACCCUGACAAGGGAGGAUGGCAAAACAAAGAUCAAGGUGCUGAAACAAAAAGAAGUUGAAGAGCUGAUCAAGAGACACGAGGCUGAAGAAGCCAAGGCCGAGAAGGACAAAAAGGAAAAGGAGCAGAAAGAAAAGGAUAAAUAAACAAAAUGACUGUUCUUUGUUUCAGAUACCCCUGUAUUGUCUGUUUUUCUCUUUUACAUUAAAAGUUUGGAAAUGGUUACAUUGGGCUU